GCAGCCUGCGCCGCUUCCCCCCGCACCAGCACACGGCGGCCGACUCGCGGCGGCUCGUCGCCCUCCUCGCCGCAGCGACUUCCAGACUGGACAUGCAAGGAUGUACAGGAAGAUAAGGAGCAGCAAAGGUCAGAGAGCCGGAUCGAUACUCCUAUCGGUGAUCAAGUAGUCACCGCCGCCAGGACAGAAACAGCCCCCUUCCCCGCCUGAGCCCUGGCAGGAUUCGGUUCGGCUUCUCGGUCGUUUCCAGAGACUCAGGAUGAGGAAACCCAAAGUCUUUCGGAUGGUUUUUGCCUUGUUUCUGGGUUGUUUCAUCAUGGUCGUCAUCUACUUUAACAGCAGUCUGAGGCCAGCUUCGGAGCCGGACGGUGAAAGAAGCAGCGGGCAGAAGUCGAGGAGAAGUCCUCUACAGAUGCUUUAUGAUGGUGACCAGAUUGAAUCAGCAGUACAGGCGAUCCAUCAGGGCCGACGGGAGCUGUUAGAGGAGGCCUGCCACUCCUACACCCGCAAACGCAGAGUCCUCAUCCCCGAGGACCUGAAGCACGUCAUUGUUGACGACCAGCAUGGCUUGCUGUACUGCUACGUGCCCAAAGUGGCCUGCACCAACUGGAAGCGGGUGCUCAUGGUUCUGACAGGCGUUGCAGGGUCCCACAGAGAUCCACUGGCUAUCCCCGCCAAUGAGGCCCAUGUCCCAGGAAACCUCCGUACCCUGUCGGAGUACUCCACCUCUCAGAUUAACCAGCGUCUUCGCUCCUACCUGAAAUUCAUCUUCGUACGUGAGCCCUUUGAGCGGCUGGUGUCUGCAUAUCGCAACAAAUUCACACGGAGCUACAACACAGCUUUUCAUAAACGCUACGGCACAAAGAUAGUGCGGCGGCACAGGCUAGACCCACAGCCGGAGGCUCUGGAGAGAGGAAAUGAUGUCUCCUUCGAUGAGUUCGUCUAUUACCUCGUGGAUCCGGCCACUCAGCGAGAGGAACCCUUCAAUGAGCACUGGGAGCGGGUGCACUCGCUGUGCCACCCGUGCCUCAUCCACUACGACGUGGUGGGGAAAUACGAGACGCUGGAGCAGGACUCCAGCUAUGUGCUGCAGCUGGCCGGGGUGGAGGACCAGGUCAGCUUCCCUGCCUCGUCCAAGAGCACCAGGACUACAGGAGACAUGGCAGCCCAGUUCUUCCAAAACAUCAGCCCUUUUUACCAGAAGAAACUAUACAACCUCUAUCGUAUGGACUUCCUGCUCUUCAACUAUUCCAUACCAGCCUACCUCAAGUUUAGAUGAGGCUGGGAUGUCACUCAUCCACUGACUCCACUUGAAACUACGGAGUCUGGCAAAGUACAGUUUGUUUCUGAGAUGUCUCCUUCUCUGUAGGCCUUAUUACAGACACUACAAAUACAGUUUUAAAAGAAAGAAGCACCAUAAAAGCAAUGAAACUUUAUCCUUAGGAGAGCUUAUUUUUACAGAUAGAACAUCAAGCUGAAGAACUUCUGAGCACACAGAGGACACAAGUAGGAGAGCACCUUCUCUCACAAGAUUAAAAGUUCUGCCUAAUGAAAGCAAAUUAUAUUUUACUGUAAACAGUGAUCCAGUGGAUGUUGGUCACUGUCUCUGAAUGUGUGAAUGCCAUUCAAAUUUGGUUACAUUUCAUUUCACUUGUCUGCUGUUUCAAAUGUGUAAUUUGCACAAAUGUAAUCUCUACAAGGUGCAGUAACAUAAUGAAAGUAUUAAAAUCACAUUUGGACAGUGCUUGUCUUCAAACAUGUGUGCCUUUUAAUUACGGGCCCUAUUUUGACCCCAGCAGAAAAUGACAUUGACAAUUUGUAACUGUGACUGUUUUUAUUUUUUGUACUGUAGGAAGAGAUUGUUGUGUAACUUUGAUACUGUCUUAAUUUAUUGUUAUUUCUGACUCUACAAAGUCAUACAAACCAAAAUAGAUAUAUAGUUCUCUCACAAUUUUCAAAUAA